CGCGCAGGGCGGGACCCUCGCGGUUUUCCGUUCUGGUCCGGCCUCAGGGCAGCCCAGAGCUUGCAGGCCGACGCAGAGGGACAAGAGGGGUGCGGGAGUCACCAGGCUUGGCCAGUUCGGGUUCCCUGUGGUUUCCAAUCCGAAUUGUUCAAGCACGCUCCUGGAGGUCCUGAGCACUUCUUCGCGGUUUACUGUUUUCUUACUGUGACUAUAUCAUGGAAAAUCAAUUGACUAAAUCAGUUGAAGAACGGACAUUUCAGUACCAGGACUCUCUUCCGUCAUUGCCUGUUCCUUCACUUGAAGAAUCAUUAAAAAAAUACCUCGAAUCAGUGAAGCCAUUCGCAAAUGAAGCCGAGUAUAAGAAGACUGAAGAAAUAGUUCGAAAGUUUCAAGAAGGAGCUGGCAAAGGCUUGCAUCAGAAGUUACUUGAAAGGGCUAAAGGAAAACGAAACUGGCUGGAAGAAUGGUGGCUCAAUGUUGCCUACCUGGACGUACGUAUUCCAUCACAACUGAAUGUGAACUUUGUGGGUCCGUGUCCUCAUUUUGAGCACUACUGGCCUGCAAGGGAAGGCACUCAGUUAGAAAGAGGAAGCUUACUGCUGUGGCACAACUUGAACUACUGGCAGCUGCUAAGAAGAGAAAAAUUGCCUGUACAUAAAUCUGGAAAUACUCCUCUAGACAUGAACCAAUUCCGAAUGUUGUUUUCUACCUGCAAGGUUCCAGGAAUUACUAGAGAUUCGAUUAUGAAUUAUUUUAAGACUGAGAGUGAAGGGCAUUGUCCAACCCACAUUGCCGUGCUGUGUCGAGGCAGAGCGUUUGUCUUUGAUGUACUACAUGACGGAUGUUUGAUCACCCCACCAGAACUUCUCAGACAACUGACAUAUAUCCACAAGAAGUGCUGGAACGAACCUGUUGGACCCAGUAUAGCGGCAUUAACUAGCGAGGAGCGAACUCGGUGGGCGAAGGCAAGAGAAUAUCUGAUUGGUCUUGAUCCAGAGAACUUGACUUUAUUAGAAAAAAUUCAAACCAGUUUAUUUGUGUAUUCCAUAGAAGAUACCAGUCCACAUGUAACCCCAGAAGAAUAUUCUCAGGUCUUUGAAAUGCUUCUUGGUGGAGAUCCAUCAGUACGCUGGGGUGACAAGUCCUAUAAUUUGAUUUCCUUUGCUAAUGGAAUAUUUGGCUGUUGCUGUGAUCAUGCUCCUUACGAUGCAAUGGUUAUGGUGAACAUUGCACAUUAUGUUGAUGAGAGAAUCUUAGAGACAGAAGGAAGAUGGAAGGGUUCAGAAAAAGUCCGGGACAUCCCAUUGCCAGAGGAGCUGGUCUUCACUGUGGAUGAGAAAAUACUGAAUGAUGUGUCCCAAGCCAAAGCCCAGCACCUCAAAGCGGCGUCUGACCUGCAGAUAGCAGCGUCUACCUUCACAUCUUUUGGCAAAAAGCUCACCAAGGAGGAAGCCCUUCACCCUGAUACCUUUAUUCAGCUCGCUCUUCAGCUUGCCUACUACAGACUUCAUGGACGCCCUGGUUGCUGCUAUGAGACAGCUAUGACAAGAUACUUUUACCAUGGCCGAACAGAGACUGUGCGAUCUUGCACAGAGGAGGCCGUCAGGUGGUGCCAGUCCAUGCAGGAUCCCUCUGCUAGUCUCCUUGAGCGUCAGCAAAAGAUGCUAGAAGCUUUUGCCAAGCAUAAUAAGAUGAUGAAAGAUUGUUCACACGGAAAAGGAUUUGACCGUCACCUUUUAGGUCUUUUGCUCAUAGCAAAAGAGGAAGGUCUCCCUGUUCCAGAACUAUUUGAGGACCCACUUUUCUCCAGAAGUGGAGGAGGUGGAAAUUUUGUGCUCUCAACAAGUUUGGUUGGUUACUUACGAGUUCAGGGCGUCGUGGUUCCCAUGGUACACAAUGGAUAUGGAUUUUUCUACCACAUCAGAGAUGACAGGUUUGUGGUGGCAUGUUCAUCCUGGAGGUCAUGUCCGGAGACUGAUGCUGAAAAGCUUGUUCAGAUGAUUUUUCAUGCUUUCCACGAUAUGAUACAGCUGAUGAACACCGCUCAUCUUUAGAGACUCAGACAGACACAGAUCAUAGAAACUCGGUAUGAAGAGUAGGAUGGUGAUGUGACAUGGAAGGAAUGUUGACUUAAAGGAAGCCUGUUAAUUUAGGGGUUAGGAGAGUGAUGCUCUCUAGAGUCAUUCUACCUUAAAGCCUCCUGUGUUGCAACCGCAGUGCAAAGUCAGAUAUAGUGAAUAGAACUAUGCAAUGUUUAAGCCUCAACAAAGCAAAUCUAUAUAUCUUAACAUUACAAAUCCUACUCUGAUGUUAAAAUAUUUUUGUUGGCACAUGUGUAGGUUGCAAGUCCUCUGUGAACAUGAUUAUAGAGUCUAUUUCUCAAGCACUUUAAUACUUUCUAAUUGCCAGAGGGAUAAAGCACACAGUUAGAAGCUAAUUUCUCUGACAUCAGUGCCUUCCACACCCAGCACAGGAGUACAGCCUGUGAGAGUUCAUGGGAAAACCACUAUUGUACAAUAGUGAUCUUAAAUAGCUCCUUUGAGCAGACAAAAGGAUCAAGUUGUAUUAGAAAUUUUUACACUACCACAGAAAAGAAUAUUAGCAAAACUCAUUAUGAUAUGUUGUAAUUCAUUUUGUGAAUAUAAAAUUAAAGCAUUUCCAUUUAAUCCCAAUUGUUAGAGCCAGCAGCUUUUAAUGGGUUAAAUGUUGAGUAUGAUUAUCAGAACUUGACAAUUAUUUCCCAGUGUUAUUCAAAAUGGUGGCUUAAAGACGUUCUCCCAUUGCUAUUCAAAGUGGUUUAUAUUCUCAAAGAAUAAAUCAUCCAGAAUCCUUAUAAUUUCUCAUCUUAUGGUUGAAAAAAAUGAUUGUCUGCUUUCUUCACAUUUUCUGAUAUCAGAUCAAUAUUGUGUAAUAAACUACUUAAAACGUA